AUGUCUGCAUCGAAUUCACGAUCUCAACCGAUCAAUGAUCUUCCGGAAAGAAAAUUUGUUCGUAUGUCGCAACGUCCAGAACCUCGCUCGAAUAAUAUUACAUUAGUACGUUCGAAGGAUAAUCGGGAUCGUCGUCCUGUCGUUUUUGUAAUUUAUUAUUCGAUGUAUGGCCAUGUAGCAGCAUUAGCAUCUAGUAUUCGAGCUGGUGUUGAAAAUUCUGGAUGUGACUGUCGUGUCUUUCAAGUUGCUGAAACAUUGUCCGAUGAAAUACUUAAAAAAAUGCAUGCACCGCCGAAAAAUAAAGAUAUACCAAUAAUUACAUCUGAUCAAUUACCUGAAGCGGAUGGUUUUCUAUUUGGUAUACCUACUCGUUUUGGGACAGUACCUGCGCAAAUGAAAGCUUUAUUUGAUGCUUGCGGUAGCCAUUGGCUCUCCGAUGCAUUGCUCGGCAAGCCAGCUGGUGUUUUCUUUUCAACAGCAACACUUGGCGGUGGCCAAGAGACAACUGCUCUUUCAUGCGUACCAUUUUUUGCGCAUCUCGGAAUGCUUUUUGUUUCACUUGGCUAUAGAAAUAAAUCAUUAAUGAAUCUUGAUGAAAUACAUGGUGGAUCGCCUUACGAUAUUAAUUUAGGUGCUGGAACAAUAGCUGGAACACAAGGUGAACGACGAGUAUCUCAACUUGAACUUCAAAUUGCACAAACACAAGGAAUUGAAUUCGGUAAAAUCGUUUCAAAAUUAAAAUCAACACCAACAAAAGUGUGA